AUGGAAUUCACCACAAAUGGAAGGAAAUUUGUGUUGUGGGGUGCUAAGACUCCAAGUUUCAAAUUAAUUAACAAUAAAACUUUUGCCGAAGCUGUGAACAAAGGAGCUGAAUUAUGUUUUCUGUCCACUUCAAAUGCUACUUACUCUUUUGAGGUUAAUACUUGUCACACCAUGUCUACUCAGUCUCAGACACACGUAUUACCCGAAGCCAUUGCUACAAUGAUAAUCAAAUAUGCUGAUAUAUUUGAAGAACUUGUUGUGCUGCCUCCGAUUCACUCUGGUUUUAAUCACAAAAUUCCUCUUAAGGAAGGGUCAAACCUUUCAACCUAUGCCCUUAUCGUUUGUUCAAUCAAAAGAGUAUCAAAUACAUAUGGGAACAAAAGCUUAAUGCACCUUUUCAACAUGUCUGGGUAUCCAAACUUAUUGUUUUUUAUUUUGGCCGCAGAUGCCUUAUCAAGGAAAGAAGGUGUUGAGCUCUUAGCAUUAUUUCUUACUAAUCCAAGUCUUGAUCUUUGGGAGUCUAUCAAAUCUGAUUGGCAUCAUGAUUGA